AUUUUCCCCGUCAACACCAUGUCCCUCGUCCAGCGCCGCGCCGCGCUCGCCGCCAUCAGCGCCUUGGUGAGCGACGCUGCGUCGAUGCCACUGCACUGGAUCUACGACGACAGCGAGCUCGCGCAGCGCAUUGCCGGCAAAGACCCGGCCUUUCUGUCGCCGCCGGCCAACAAGUAUUACAACUACGCCGACGGUGCGCUCUCGCCGUACGGCGAUGAAAUCGUGCCGCUGCUCCAGCACCUCGCGGACGCGCCGGUCUUCGACGCCGAAGCCUUCUCGGACGUCUCGCUCGCGGCCAUGCAGACGUACACGGGCCGCUUGAAUGGCGUAAUGCGCGAGUUCGUCGCCCGCGCUGCCGAAGGCAAGAAGUUCCCGCACCUCGCCGGCCCCAACGACGACAGCCACGGCCUCAACAAGGUCCCGCUUCUCGUUGCGCGGUAUGCGGGCAAGCCGGAGCUCCUCGAUGUCGUGCGCCAAGCCGUGCUCGUGCACCAAACGACGCCUCUCGCAAUCGACGUCGCGAUCGCCGGCGCCAUCAUCUUGGAGGCGGUCGUCGUCAAGCAGAGCUCGAUCAAGGACGCGAUCACUGCGGCACGCAGCGAUGCUCGUGUGGAGGCUUCGGUGCAGGCGCUCAUCCAAGGUGUACUUGACGACGCGGUGGCAUCCUCGGACGUUCACGCGGCGGUAGCCAAGUACGGCAAGUCGUGCCCUCUCCCCGGCUCGUUCCAAAGCGGCCUCUUCGUGCUCCUCACGGACGGCCAGUAUGUGUCGUCGGUCACCAAGAACAUCACGGCCGGCGGCGACAACUGCGGUCGCUCGAUCUUUGUCGGGGCCGUGGCCGCGGCGGCCACCGAUUCGCCGACGCCGGACGCGUGGCAGCACAAGAUGACGCGUUUUGCCGAGCUGCACGCGCUCGUCGAGAAGGUCGUCGCCAAGAACCACUAAGUCUGUGGCCUCGUAGUACCGUAAUAUGAAGUCGAC